GAGACAACGGGAAAACUCCCGAGCGUUGCGAGAUAGCGAUAACACGACGUCACAUUCUCCGGCGACCGGCGGCCGGCGACGAGCAGGUGGCUACUUCCCCGUACAGUUAGGGUUUAUCAUCUUCGCUCUCGCGUCCGCCGAUAACCUCGCAUUUCUUCGCGAAUGGAGACGUCUCUCAGAUACUGGGGCGACGCCAAGGCACUCAGAAUCCACGCCAAAGAGAAGAUUUUCAUUGAUUCCAAGACCUUCUUGCAGCUUCAUGGAGAACUCGACACGAGAUUGGGAGCUCCGAGCCAUUUUAGCGCGAUGAUUCGGCACUUCUACCCAGACAUAUCUGCUAGCCUCGGUGUAGGAGUGCAAUAUGAUAAAAAUGGCAGGCUUCGCUAUAAUGUACGUGCAAAGAAAGCGUUUCCCGUGACUACCAAUAAACUAUUGAGCUUCAACGUGAAAGGACGGUGUGAUGUCGACAAAGAGUUUAAGCAGUGGAAGUCCAGGGGAGGUGCAGAAUUUUCUUGGAGCCUUUUGAAUUUUCAGAAGGACCAAGACGUUAGACUCAAGCUAGGAUUUGAAAUGUUCGACCAGGUACCAUAUCUGCAGGUUAGGGAAAACAACUGGACCUUCAAUGCAGAUACAAAUGGUAGGUGGAAUGUGAGGUAUGACCUUUGAUUAUGAAGGAGUGGGAACUGGAUCUAUACUUUUUUGUUAAGAUUUGUGACACCAAAAGUCAUAUCCUUUGGUUUUCUGUAUUGCUGGAUACCUGGUGAGCUACAUUAGUCAACGAGUAGAUGAGCAGCUCUUUAAUAAAUGUGUUUCAUUUACUGCUUGUCUUGUUUAUUUGGGUCUGGAGGCAGUCAGGUUUACGAAUUUGAGUUGGAUGUUGUGUUGAAGUUCCAUUUGUUAAGCCAGGCUCAAUUGAGAUUUGCCCAGAUGGAAAAGGGGCUGUUUCGUGCCUGGUGAAGCAUGUUAAUCCAUUUCUAGGGAAGCCCAUUAUUCAAA